GAUAAGGGAGGACAUAGGGAAAGGAAGAGGAAAAGGAGGACUCUACCAGAAAUAACAGCAGUGCUUCGGAAACAAACAACAACAAAAACAACCCAUGCGACUUGCUUGAAAAAAUAAGAAUGUAUUAUUGCCUUUAUAAGUAAACAAAAUUAUGAUUCCAUUGGUGCACUGUGCUUGUAGCCUACUAUUCUAAAUUCGUAGGUGACAAUUAGCCUAGAUAAAAACCGGCUUGGACUGCUACUUCUCGUUUACAAAGAGAGAAUGUCCGACAAGUAUGGAUAUUAGAACAGAAAUAAAACCAGCUAGCGUUAUAAACGACCAAAGGAGAUCCAAGGGUGCAAAAUAAGAAGAUCGACUAGAAGCUGUCGAAAGCAUGGAUUUUAGCGGGCUUCGGAAUCUCAUCACUAGAUUCUGUGCGGGAGAGGAGAACUGGGUGGACAGUCGGACGGUGUACAUCGGUCAUCGGCAGCCCCCUCCGGGAACAGAGGCCUACAUCCCUCAGCGUUACCCCGACAACCGCAUAGUCUCCUCCAAGUAUACCUUCUGGAAUUUUGUUCCGAAGAACCUCUUCGAACAGUUCAGAAGAAUUGCUAACUUCUACUUCCUCAUCAUAUUUUUGGUUCAGCUGAUCAUCGACACCCCUACCAGCCCCAUCACCAGCGGUCUGCCCCUGUUCUUCGUCAUCACCGUCACUGCCAUCAAACAGGGCUAUGAGGACUGGCUCAGGCACAAGGCAGACAACUCCAUCAACCGCUGUCCUGUCCACAUCAUCCAGCAUGGCAAGGUGGUGAUGAAGCAGAGCCGCAAACUCAGGGUUGGCGACAUCGUCCGAGUGAAGGAAGAUGAGACUUUCCCCUGUGACCUCAUCCUCCUGUCCACCAGCCGAGAGGACGGGACGUGCUUCGUCACGACGGCCAGUUUGGACGGGGAGUCCAGUCACAAAACGUACUACGCAGUGCAGGACACUCAGGCCUUUCAAACAGAGGAGGACCUGGACAGCCUACAGGCCACCAUUGAGUGCGAGCAGCCGCAGCCUGACCUCUACAAGUUUGUGGGGCGCAUCAAUAUUUAUCAAGACCGAAACGAACCUUCUGCAAGGCCUUUAGGAUCCGAGAACCUGCUACUCAGAGGAGCCACGCUGAAAAACACUGAUUGUAUUUAUGCUGUCGCCAUCUACACGGGCAUGGAGACCAAGAUGGCCCUGAACUACCAGUCCAAAACGCAGAAGCGCUCGGCUGUGGAGAAGUCAAUGAAUGCCUACCUGAUAGUGUACCUGUGCAUCCUGAUCAGCAAGGCUCUGAUCAACACCGUGCUGAAGUACGUGUGGCAGGCCGACCCCGACCGGGACGAGCCCUGGUACAACCGGAGGACCGAGACGGAGAGGCAGCGGCACGUGCUGAUCAGGGCUUUCACGGACUUCCUGGCCUUCAUGGUGCUCUUCAACUACAUCAUCCCCGUGUCCAUGUACGUCACCGUGGAGAUGCAGAAGUUCCUGGGCUCCUACUUCAUCACCUGGGACGAGGAGAUGUUUGACGAGGAGCUGGGGGAGGGGGCGCUAGUGAACACGUCUGACCUCAAUGAGGAACUGGGACAGGUGGAGUAUGUGUUCACGGACAAGACGGGGACGUUGACGGAGAACAACAUGGAGUUCAUCGAGUGCUGCGUAGACGGGCACAUCUAUGUCCCCCACGCCAUCUGCAACGGGCAGAUCCUAGCUGACUCCUGCGACAUCGACAUGAUCGACUCCUCGCCCGGAGCAGGAGGGAGGGAGCGAGAGGAGCUGUUCUUCCGCGCACUCUGCCUCUGCCACACCGUGCAGGUGAAGGAGGAGGAGACGGUCGACGGCAUCAAGAGGGGCAUCCACCAGGGCAAGGCCACCUCCUUCUACAUCUCCUCCUCCCCCGACGAGGUGGCGCUGGUGGAGGGCAUGAAGAGGCUUGGCUUCACCUACCUGCGUCUGAAGGAGAGUCACAUGGAGAUCCUGAACCGGGACGAUGAGGUGGAGAGGUUUGAGCUGCUGGAGGUGCUGAACUUCGACUCGGUCCGGAGAAGAAUGAGCGUCAUCGUGCGAUCCACCACAGGCGAGUACUACCUGUUCUGCAAAGGCGCCGACUCCGCCAUCUUCCCCCGGGUGAUUUCCGGAAAGGUGGAGCAGGUGCGAUCCCGGGUGGAGCACAACGCAGUGGAGGGCUUGCGGACGCUGUGCGUGGCCUAUAAGACCCUGACCCAGGCGGAGUAUGAAGACGUGUGCCAGCAGCUCAACAGCGCCAAGCUGGCCCUGCACGACCGCGACCGCAGGCUGGCCGAGGCCUACGACAUCAUCGAGAAGGACUUCAUCCUGCUGGGGGCCACCGCCGUGGAGGACAGGCUCCAGGAGAAGGCGGCGGACACCAUCGAGUCGCUGCACAAGGCGGGGAUGAAGGUGUGGGUCCUCACGGGGGACAAGAUGGAGACGGCGGCGGCCACCUGCUACGCCAGCAAGCUGUUCCGCCGCAGCACGCAGAUCCUGGAGCUGACCACCAAGCACACGGACCAGCAGAGCCUCCACGAGGUCCUGUUCGGCCUGAGCCGCACCGUGCUCCGGCAACAAGGCACCAUGAGCCGCGACACCUUCUCAGGCCUCUCCAACAACUUCCACGACUACGGCCUGAUCAUCGACGGAGCCACGCUGUCGGCCGUGCUCAAGCCCGCCCAGGACGACAGCUCGGGGAACUACAAGGAGAUCUUCCUGGAGAUCUGUCGCAACUGCAGCGCCGUGCUCUGCUGCCGCAUGGCGCCCCUGCAGAAGGCGCAGAUCGUGAAAUUGAUCAAGAUGUCGAAGGAGCACCCUAUCACCCUCGCUAUAGGGGAUGGAGCCAAUGAUGUCAGUAUGAUCCUGGAGGCUCAUGUGGGCAUAGGCAUUAUGGGUAAAGAGGGUCGACAGGCUGCACGGAAUAGUGACUAUGCAAUCCCAAAGUUCAAACACUUGAAGAAGAUGCUGCUUGUCCACGGUCACUACUACUACAUUCGGAUUUCUGAGCUGGUACAGUACUUCUUCUACAAGAAUGUCUGCUUCAUCUUCCCUCAAUUCCUGUACCAGUUUUUCUGCGGGUUCUCCCAGCAGCCUCUGUACGACACAGCCUAUCUGACCCUGUACAACAUAAGCUUCACCUCCCUGCCCAUCCUGCUGUACAGCCUCAUAGAGCAGCACAUCAGCACGGACAUCCUGAAGAGGGAUCCCACUCUGUACAGGGACAUCGCCAAAAACUCCCUACUGCGGUGGCGGAUUUUCAUCUACUGGACGUUCCUGGGAGUCUUCGACGCAAUGGUGUUCUUCUUCGGUGCUUACUUCCUGUUCGACAACACCACCUUCACCAGCAAUGGUCAGAUGUUUGGGAAUUGGACCUUUGGCACGCUUGUCUUCACUGUGCUGGUAUUUACAGUCACACUUAAGCUGGCCCUGGACACGCACUACUGGACGUGGAUCAACCACUUUGUCAUCUGGGGCUCCUUGCUUUUCUAUGUGAUUUUCUCUCUCCUGUGGGGAGGAAUCAUUUGGCCGUUCCUGAACUACCAGAGGAUGUACUACGUGUUCAUGCAGAUGCUGUCGAGCGGCCCGGCCUGGCUCAGCAUCAUCCUGCUCAUCACCGUCUGCCUGCUGCCCGACGUGCUGAAGAAGGUGCUGUGGCGCGCCCUGUGGCCCACCACCACCGAGUGCAUCCAGAACGCUGACCGGCUGUACCAGGGCCACCUGUCUGAGUUCACCCCACUGGCCUCGCUCCACGCCCCCGACCGCAAGAAAGGCCCGGCCCCGGGCAACCGCCACAGAAGGUCUGAGCGCCUUUCCAAAAAGCUGAUGUACACCCACUGGGGGGGCCGUCCGGAAUACUACUGCACUUUCGGCUCCUUCCUCGGAUUCGGGGCGAACGGCCGGCACUCCGCCGCAGGCCCCGAGACCGCGGUGUAACCCCCAGACCCUUGGCUUCAGUCCUACCAAUGCCUUUAAUAACCAGAUAAACGAAUGCACUCACAGAUUCAACACGCCCCGGUCACGUUGCGCGUCACACUGCUCUCGGAGGGGGGGUGUGAAAGUAUUCCAGUAGAUGGUCUGGGCAGCCGACGCGUGGGGCUGCAUCAGUCUGGAACUGUGUGACCUCCGACCCCACCCAUCUGCUCCAUGUGCGACCCCUGACCCCCCCCCACCACCCUCCAGCCCAGACCCUGUUGCUCCACCCUUUUCUCUCUCUGGAUGAUAUUACUUGAAACUAGCUUUGGGGGAGACGGGAGUUUUUUCGCUCGACCGUCUACUUUGAAGGACAAAAACGGAAAGUGCCGACAAUGUGUGUGAAGAGUGUGAGAGCGGUUGUGAGAGCCGUCCGUGAGAUUGUGCCUCCAUUUUUCACUGACUGGCCUUUUCUCUUUCUCUUUGUUUUUUUCUCCUUUUUUUCCCCCCCCACCCCACUCCUUCUCCUUUCCACCUAUCUUGCUUUCUGUAGAACAAACUGGUGUUGUCUCUGUGCGAAUCUGUGCUGGAGAAACACACCGUGAGAUGCUUUGUGUACUACUCUCGUUGUAAGUGGCCAGGUCUAGCCAGCGGAACCCUUGUGCUGGACUGCUUUAAUAGAUGCCACGUAGCCGUGUAGUUGGAGUAGGGACCAGUGCUGUAACUGGAUGCCAGGUGGAGAAUGCCAUUAUUGUCACUGUGCUCACUGUACAUUAUAGCUGCAAUUUAGGUGACUAUUGACAAAUGAGACGCAUUUCCUGUGUUUAUCCAUAAAUGCUUAUUUAUUUACAUAAACGGAUUAAUCUGGGUCAUAUUUUGUUCAGUGAACAAAUCCUACCCCCCAUUUUUCAUGACUGUUUAUCCCAUGCACGCUCUAAUCAACUAAACAACCUUACACUACUAUGAUGGCACUCAGCGGUGUACCCUGGUCUACAUGCAGACGUGUGGACUCUGCUGUUAAACUCUUCUUCUUGUACCGUGAAAAGAAACCGGUACCUCAUUUUGGAUUUUUGGCCCCAGAGCUGCAUGUGGUCAUGGCAACCAGUUUACGCAGUGGUGCGAUGUGUUACAGCACUGUAUUUGUGUGUACUGGGAACCUUGUGUGCAACUUACUCCCUACGCUGUAGCCAAUCAGACAUUUUUUCUUUUGGGUUUUUAUUUAAUUUUAUUUCUUUACACCAGUGCUCAUGAAAGCCUGUGGUGUGGUGGAAAACUGAGAUGUGUCUGAAGAAGUCUGCCUUAAUACAACAGCAAUUCUGUAUUAGCCAGUAUUCUCUAAGCCAAAGGAGAAAAGCGAGGAGUCAUGCUUUGUGUUUUUUUUGCCUUACGCUGCGGGUGGUAGAGAUACGAGCAUACCCUACUAGGCCCAGCCAUCAUGCCUUAAAUACAUCACGGCUCCACCAUCCAACACGCGUGUGGUGAGCGGUAUAGGCUGGGGUGUAGCAGUAGAGCUGAGGAUCGUCACGAACAGAGUCUACUGAGACGGGAAAGGGGGUCACUUAACUCUCCGUUACCUCGCUCUGUGGAGUUCUGAGCCUGUCGCCGUUACUUCUCCAGAUCGCCUGGAGCGAAGCACUUUGUCCAUAACUUUGAGGUAUUGAUUUACUCAAAAGUUACAUUUUAUUUGCGGGGGGAAAAAACAAAAAAACAAAUAGCGGGUAAGAAUAAAAUUGACUUUUGACUGACUGGUAUUUCUGGUAGUUAGUGUGCAUUGUGGUUCCUUUGUGGUUCCUCCCUCCUCAUUCCCCUCUGUGCUCAUGUCUGAAGGGAUCAUUUUUAUUACAUUAGACAUCCUCUUCAGGGGUGCUACAGCGUGCUCAAGUACCCCAUUACUCUAGAGUUUUCGAGCUCUGUUUUUACUUUUAAGAGUGACUUGCAUGAGCAGCUUAGAAGUUCACAUCCUAUCUGAGUGAGCCAAGGGAGCAAUGGAAGUGCCCUCAGAAUGUAACCGGUAGCCCUUACCCGUGCCUGUUUAAUACAUGUACUUGGACCAAGGUGCACAGAGAAAUAGUUAUGGCACUAAUAUCAGUAGCUUUUAAGGAGCUUUUACUUCUAAAAACAAGCUCACUUUUUUCUGCAAAAGUGGUGAUUUGAGCAACCUGUAUGUUCUGUUAGUGAAGACUAAACUUGCUCAAGAGAAUGUUUAUUUUUAUUUUUUAUGAACAAAGCCAAGGUAAGUUUUUCUUGCAAGUUCUAACUGCUUCCAUUAGCCUUAAUAUGCAUUGAGGCCCUUUUAUCUUUUAUAAGUAUAAGGUCUGGCAUCAUCCAUCUACGGUAAUGGUAAGGUCUACCUUUAGUGCUUGUAUUCGCAUUUUUCCAUUUUGGAAAGUUCAGCCAUUAUUUUGGGCCAUUAAUCAUUUGCAGAAAAAUUGAUGCUAAUGGAAACCUGGCUAGUUUCCUUACCCUGAGCACCCUCUACAGGAGCAGUCUCCUACUUUCAACUCCUAUAGCAACUUCUAGUGGAGUCUGUCUGUUAGUCUCAGUUAGUCUGUGUUCAUCACACUUUUACCUCAAUUUUACCUCCAUUCUUUCUUUCAUUUCUCUCAAGCCCCCCUCCAUCUGCUCAUCUCAUAAGCUGAUGCUUGUGAGGGUCACUGCAUGGAUGUUCAGUCCGCAUGUCCUUCCUCUGCCCAUCUGCUCACAUGCUCCCUCUAGUGGCGUGGAGUGCCACUGCAGCACAUUGGAAUGGGAUUUAGAGCAGGAUUAUAAAAUGAUGGUGACCACAUCAGAAUGUCUUUUGUUUUUAGAUGCCCUUAGUGGACGAUGGGUAGGUGCCUUCUGGCAUGGUUUGUAUUGUGUGCAAACGACUUGUAUGUUACUGAGAUGUCCUGUUUCUUUAUUCUGUCAAAAAAUAUUUAUAUAUUUAAAUUUUUGGAGAGGAUCCUUGUAAAUAAUAAUGUGAUACAUGAACCCUAUUGCUCACUGUGGCCCUCUAUGAGAUGGGUUCUAGGUUGACUUUCAAAAGAUGUCAUGGAUACUGACAAAUGUAGAAAACAAAACCAAAAGAAACAGUAAUUCAGUAAUCGGUCAGUCUUAUUCAUUUCAGGUGCUUGAUAGCGGAGGUACAGUUUCAUAUUUAAUAUGACUGGAUGUAUGUAUUUUCUAUGGGCUUUCUUUGGGGUGGGGGGCAGCACAUGGACUCUUUUAAAUCAUGAAUGAGCAGACCUAAUCAUAUGGCAAUGCCACAAUCAGCAAAACACGAUUGUUUUUCAUAUACUGUAAAUUGUUAUUUCUGUUAAGCGCUCUAACUGUCAUUGCAAAAGGAUACACCGUAGUAUGUUCUAUAACCUGUUGCCUUGGUCCAAAGCAGUUGUACUAUUCCAGUUGAAUGUGAUGGUGUGGGAGAGGUUAUGAAUGCAUAUGAUAUGUUCUCCUGUAUUCCUCUCACUGUACAUCUGUUUGGCUUUCGUCACACGACCCGUUGUGGUCAGGCUGUCCUGCGCGCCGUACACAAUUAACGCAAGACACAAAGCAAAAAGAAAAAGGUUUGACACUCGCCUUCAGAUUGUCACACCCGAUAGGCAGUGCUUUCCUGCCGUUGUUCAAAGUUCAGCAUUCCAUGUUCCCUCUCUUCUGUCAGAGGAAGUUAACCAUACUGCACAGAGCUCAGCCAAUCAGAGGGUGUGUUUUCAUAGUGUCUGUCGCCUGUCACUGUUUUGAAAAAAAAAAGGUUCAGGGCAGUCUGUUACCAAGAAAAAUAAAAUGGUGGUUGGAAACAAAAAAAACAGACAAAUGAAUUUAAAAAAAUAGAAGUAAAAUUCAUUCCGAUUUUUUUAAAUGAAUUUGUACACUCUUCAAUAUGCUCUUGUGAAAAAUCUCUCUGUAGCUGAACUUGGUCUUAGAAGUAUUUGAGCCUGAAAACCAGUUCAUCACAUCAGUACGUUUACAUUUGUCUUUAACAGAACGACCACACACAUACGAUCACCAAAUACUGGCUUCCUGUAUGAACCUUUUUUUAGUUGUUGACUUUUGUUUGUUUGUUUUUUUGUUUCAAGAAUGCUGUAUUUUUGAGUAUAAUGUAUAGUAUUAAUAUAAUAAGUCUUUUGUAAAAUCUUAAGAGGACUUUGUUUUCUAUUUUUGUAUCCAGGGGAGGAGCUAUAUUCGUGGCUAUAUUUAUUUAGAAUAUCUCUGUUUCCGUUUCAUAACAACCAAAUGUACCGGUUGAGGGAAGGGGGUAAGUGGUAAGAACAGGAAGAGAGCACAGAAAUGAAAUAGCUUUAAAAUGCUACUUUCUGUUUGACUUUGUUUUUUUCGAAGCUAGACCUUUGACAUGCACUGUUUUUGCAGGAUAUGUAGACAUAUCCCUUUAACGCUGGGAUUGAGAUUCUUACACUGACUCUUUGUAAAGACACUCGCUGUAUGUGAGAAUGUUGGCAGGUUGUUUCUCAUGUAUGUUGGCUUGUAUAUCUAACUACUGGCUUCUUGAUGCACUGACUUGUGGUGGUGGGAUCCAGACACUUGGAACAUGUAUUGCUUAUGUAAUGCAGUGGCCCAGAGUGGUACAGUACCAUUAUUGCUUUACUCGAAAUCAGGGAUCAUCAACUCUGGCCCUCGAACCCAAAUCCAGCCCUCGUUUUCUUUUUAUUCUGGGUAAUUAGUGCUACUGAUUGGCCCAGAAGUCUGUUUUCCCACCUGACUCCCAGGUAAAGGGAAGGUUGGAAAACCAGCAGUUCUCGGCCCUCGAAGACCACGAGUUGCUGAUCCCUGCUCCAAAUAGUUUCAAAUGUAUACCAAUGUACACUUUAGCAGAUGUAUACGUACACACUUAUGUGUGUAUAUGUAUGUGUAUAAGUAUGUAUAUACUUAGUUAUGUUCAUGUUGUACAGUUUUUUUUGUUCUAUUUUUUUUUUUAAUGCAGUUUUUAACAGACUGAUAUCUGUAGAUAUCUGGCAUUUUUUCAGCUUUUCAGUAGUAAUGUUGAGGCAAAGAAUUGUACAUUUGCUUUUAAUAAAGAAAACAAAAGUG